CGGGGCUCCGGAGGGCGCGCUCAGGCCGGACUGGCUGGGGACCUCCCGGAGCUCUGGAGGGCGCGCGCCGGGGCGGCUGUCAUGGAAGGAACUGGUGGCGGCUUCCGGAAAGACCUGGUGAGCAAGCUGCUGCGGCUGCACUUCACGGACAGCAAGACCAAAGUCAGCGGGGACGCGCUGUGGCUCAUGGCGGAGCUGCUGACCAUCUUCGUUGUGGAAACGGCCGUCCGCAGCGUCCGGCAGGCCCAGGCAGAGGACCUGGCUCUCGUGGACGUGGACCAGCUGGAGAAGGUGCUGCCUCAGCUGCUCCUGGACUUCUAGGGCCUCCACCCCUACUGGGGCCCCUGUCCAAGCCAAGGCCAAGCCCCACGCCCGCACUUCUGUGGCCUCUGGCUUCAGACAAGCAAGGAGCUGCUGAGACUUCUCCAGCCCCCAAGACCCAGCGAGGUUCUGACAAAGGCCCCACUCCUCCUGGUGUCCCUCUCUGUCCUGCUGCUGACCAUCUGGACACAGCAGGUGGGAGGGCCGCGGGGGGGGGCAGGUGCCUUCCCCUCACACCCACUGGUGUUGAGAGAAGUGCAGGGUCCUGGGGAAGCAGGUGCUGAGAAGCCGCGGGGGCCCGCCCGCCCGCCCGAGCAGGUGGCCUGUGCCGUCUACAGAUAAGCAAAGCUGCACACAGGCCUGACACCCCGACAUCAAAGCUCCCCGCAACCUUUUAACCAUUUGAUACCCCGUCAGAAGAUGCUUCCCUGAGCUAUAAAUUUGUUCUCAAGAGGCAACGUCAAUAAAUCAAAGCCGCCUCUCA